AUGCUGAGAUGGGAAGCGAUAUCCAAGCCAAAACGUGGACCAUGGAGUUCCGAAGAGGAUAAUCAUUUGCUUGAGUUAGUUGAUAAAUAUGGCAAAAAAUGGAGUAAAAUAAGUAGCAUUCUUAAGAGGCCCUUUUAUGUUGUCUCAAAGCGCUAUAAUAUAAUAUCUUGGUCAGAAAAGGACAAACUCAAGUUAUACGAGUCCAUAAAGGAACAUGGAUACAAUUGGACGAAGAUCAUGGAAAAAUUUCCAGACAAAACUUUAGUAGAAGUCAAAAGUUAUCACAGUACACAUUCCAAAACCGAUCCAAAUAUGAACUUUGGUCGAUGGUCUCAAGAAGAAAUAAGACUAAUCAAAGAAUCAAUUUCGGUUCGUGGGAGAAGAUGGAAUGAGGUGGCCCAUGAUGUGGGCACCAGAACAAGAUUUCAAUGCGCAACCUAUUGGCGCAGAUGGUUAUGCAAAUUAGGUCAAUCGGGAUCCAUCUCUGACGAAAAAGCCUUGUAA